GUGGUCUUGAUUGCGAGGAUGUGGCAGAACAACUAGAAUUGGCUUACCGCUGUCAGAUCUGGCAUCGUCGAACUUUUCAACCUUCAGGACUAUUUGCUGCUCGUGUUGAUCUGCAAGGCUCUGUACAGGAGAAGAUGAUACAUGGGAGGCAUGGCUAGUUUAUGACAGUGGUGGAUUUUCCUUGAAUUUUGGACGAGGAAAUGGGAUUAAAUUGAGACGUGGAUUUUCACCAUCAGGAUCUUUGAAGCCUACUCAGGAUGAGCUACGUCAGCAAAAAGAAGAGGAGAUGGAUGAUUACUGUUCUCAGGUUCCUGUUGGACAUCUAGUUUUUAUGGUUCAUGGUAUUGGCCAAAGAUUAGAGAAAGCUAACUUGGUUGAUGAUGUUGGUGAUUUCCGUCGCAUAACGUCAAGCCUAGCUGAAAGGCACUUAACUCCAUUUCAGAGAUGCACCCAACGGGUUCUCUUCAUUCCUUGCCAGUGGAGAAAGGGGUUGAAGCUGAGCAGUGAAAAUGCAGUUGAAAAGAUCACUUUGGAUGGUGUUCGUGGUCUUCGUGUGACAUUAAGUGCCACAGUUCAUGAUGUCCUCUACUACAUGAGCCCCAUGCACUGCCAGGACAUAAUUGACUCGGUCUCAAACCAAUUGAACAGACUGUACACAAAAUUUCUUAAGCGAAAUCCUGGGUAUGAUGGGAAGGUUUCUAUAUAUGGACACUCAUUAGGAAGCGUCCUAUCUUAUGAUAUCCUUUGUCAUCAGGAUAAUACGCGCUCGACGCCUCUUAUGGAUUCUGCGUACAUGAGAUGCUGGGAGAAAGAUCAAGCUAAAGCAACUGAUCAAUCUCUCUCAUCUGAUAGUGUUGUGAUGUCAGAUAAAAAUAGUAUUGCAACAGGCGAUUCAGAUCCAAAGGAACCACCACGUGCUAGAGUAGAAGAGAGUUCCAUGCCAGUUACGCAGUUCAUGGUUCAUCAUGGCAAAAUGGAAGAUCUUUGCCACUCUGUGAAUCCUAUUUCCCCUGCAGAUGUGUCAGGGGAUUGUCCAGAAGAUUUUACUUCAAUAAAUCCUGAAGGGGGAUGUCAGCUACCGCUCAAUGAAGUGGAAAGUAACUCUUCACCAGUGUUGGAGAAAAUCAAUCAAACGUAUGGACAACAAUCUACAACUACAAGCCAUUCCGGAGAAAGCAAAUGCAAUAUCAAAUCAGAUGUUAGCCCUGGAAGCUUUGAAGCCAAUGCUGUUACUUUUGGUUGUAUGCCUGAGGACACAAGUGACAAGGACAGAAUGAUCACCUUGAUGGAGGAAGAGGUGAAACAUCUUAAAGAAAGAAUUGCAGGGCUCGAACAAAAGCAGGUAUCUUCAACUUCCUGUAACGAGGAUUAUGAUGGAAGAAACAAAGUAAUGAAUGGCGAUUCUGUAGCAGAGCAGGCCUCUCCAAUUAAGUUCCUUCCAAAUGAAGAUAUUUUAAGAAAGAUAUAUACACCUUCCAUCAGAUAUACAAAGCUUAGUUUUAAGGUGGAUACAUUCUUUGCUGCUGGUUCACCUCUUGGCGUUUUUCUAGCUCUUCGGAAUAUCCGCAUAGGGAUUGGUAGGGGCCAAAGUUACUGGGAGAAAUUUAACAUUUUUCAUCCUUUUGAUCCUGUAGCAUAUAGAAUCGAACCACUUGUAUGCAAAGAAUACACUAGCAAGCGCCCGGUCAUCAUACCCUAUCACAGAGGAGGGAAGAGAUUGCACAUUGGCUUUCAGGAAUUUAGAGAAGAUGUGACGGCACGUUCUCAGAUCAUAGCAGGUCGAUUUAAAUCUAUGAAGGUUAAAGUGGCCAAAGUGUUUAAACCAAUGAACAAAGCUAAUUUGGAAGAAUCUGUGGAAGACUUCCAAGAGAAGGAAAGAUCAUACGGAUCACUCAUGAUUGAGAGGCUAACGGGAAGUGAGGAUGGCCGUAUCGAUCAUGUUCUCCAGGACAAAACCUUUCAGCACCAGUACAUAUCUGCUCUAGGAGCACACACAAAUUAUUGGCGGGAUUAUGACACGGCUCUAUUUAUGCUUAAACACUUGUAUCGCGAUAUACCCGAAGAGCCUCCUGAACUUCCAAGUGGUGAAGGCAGUUCGCGAUCACAGAGGAGGGCUAUAACCCUUUUCUAUGAGAAGGAUGCAUUGGAUGAAGAUUUUCCUUUGACAUUCUCUGACAGUUCAGCAGUCAAGGAGUUUUCAAGGAAAGCAAGAAAAGCCAUGAAUACCUCUUCCUUGUGAUCCUGUGGCAUAGUCAUAUCAGCAUAGCUGAAACAUCUAAUAUGAACAUCAGGGCUUUGGUCACCGUUGAAAAAUGACAUGUAAAAAGCUGACAAAUGAUACCUUUGACCGUUAGCAAAUGAUAUAUUCGACCAUUGACAAAUGAUAUAUUGGAAAGCCUUUGUUGCUGUUGACAAAUGAUAUGUUCUCUUCAAUGCGUAUGCAUCUACUUCCGUGUAAAUUAUGUUUGUAUUUUUAGUCGAUCACUAGACAAGAAUGUAUUGUAUGUAUAUUAGUUUGUACCACAGAAAAGGUUAUGGAAUGCUGUAAAUAGAUGUGCUGCUGCAGUCAAUGAAAUAGAAGUGCCUUCCUGAUUAAGCCA